AGCAGCACAGCUGAGUUAAGCGACAUGAAAACUUUGUGUUGGCGAGUCUUCGCGCCGCUUGCCGUCUAUAGUAGACUACAGGGCUAAUAUAGCGCCACCAUGCGGGCAGCGCUAGGUACUCACGCGUGCUCUGCAAAGUACCCUCUCUCCUGCCGACCGCUCUCGCAGCAACAGCUCCGUCGCCCGAGUUAUACAUCUAACAAAUAAAUAGAGAAUUACAACAAGAAUAUCAGUGCCUAAUUUUUUACGAGUUCUCCUCACCGACCAUCCAACUAGGAUUCCUCCAACACUUUGAGAUAUUUAUUGGUCGUGCCCAGGAUUCCCUGUAUAGCGGGAAAGUUGACAACUUGGUGUCAUUGUCCUGAUAUAGGAAUCGAUAUGCUUUGUGUGACAUGUCACCAACCUUAAUCACAGGCGACUAGAGUCAAAAUUCACCCCACUCACUCAGGGAAUAAGUAUUCUUAUCCUAUGUGCUUGCCGUCGGACAGUCGUGCUCCUAUUGGAUUCGCACCAAAUCUUUGGGUUCCAUGUCAUAUAACCUGUGUGGAUUGCCCAAAUAAUACACACGAGAUGUGUGACAUUUGUGAUUUAACUCUAGAUAAGAAUUACGAAAACAUCAGAUGGCAGAAUCGUGGUCGCUGACUUCCACGUUUUGAAUUACUAGAGGAACUAUAUUUUCUCAGUAAUAAUCUCAUGCAAUGGCGCCGUAAACAAUUGGGCCUGCGUCCUUAUUUCCGGAUGUGAUAGGUCUCUCCGACGUCGACGUGCAUCGAUUAUGCGCGACAAUCGCCGUUGGUCUUAGAGAGUACGAGCUCAUUCUAACACCAGAUGUUAAUAGCAGUACACAACAUCAGUGGUUUUAUUUUGAAGUUUCAAACAUGGAAACUAAUUAUAAAUAUACGUUCAACAUUGUAAAUUGUAAGAAAAUAAAUUCUCAAUUUAAUUUUGGUAUGAAACCUGUUAUAUUUAGUGUAAUAGAUGCGUUAAAAGGUCGAAUUGGUUGGACUAGAAGUGGCCAAGACAUAUGUUACUAUCAAAAUAACUACUGUAUGCAAGGACAAAAAAAAAAUUAUUUCACUACAUCGUUCACCAUCAAUUUUCCUCACUCAGAAGAUAUUUGUUAUAUCGCCUACCAUUACCCCUACACCUACAGUCAACUUAUGGUAGAUAUUAAUAGAUGGGCACGUUCAAUAAAUCCUUGUGAAAUAUAUUUACGUGUCGAUAAAUUAUGUGAUACUCUGAACGGGAACGAGAAUCCUCUUCUUACAAUUACCGCACCGGAAUCUACUAAAAAUCCAAUAAAUAAAAGAAAAUUAGUUUUUUUGACGGCAAGGAUACAUCCCGGAGAAAGCAAUGCAUCGUGGAUCAUGCUUGGUACAGUAGAGGCUUUGUUAUCUCAUUCUACUUAUGCAUCAAGUUUAAGAAACGAUUACAUUUUUAAAGUAGUUCCUAUGCUGAACAUAGAAGGAGUAAUAAAUGGCUGCAAUCGAUAUGAUUUAACAAAUGAAGAUUUAAAUCGUUGUUGGAAAAAUCCUAGCCAAAUUCAGCAUCCAACCAUAUUUCAUACCAAAAGUCUGUUAGAAUAUUGCAGUUUUAUAUUAAACCGUCGACCAUUUAUUUUUAUUGAUUAUCAUGGACAUUCAAGGCGUAAAAAUGUUUUUCUCUUAGGUUGUCCUAAUUUGGAAAUAUUAAAUGUUAAUUAUUGUUCUGAAUCCAGCCAGUUGCAACAAAAUUUGGUAAUUAGAACAUGUUAUAUUCCUAUUUUACGAUAUUUGAAAAAUAAAGGUUUAUAGGAUCAGGCAGCUUUAAAGGUUAGUAGAAAAUGUUAUUAAUAAU